AUGGAGAAAGUCAGCCAAUGGUGGUCCGACGGAUACUUUGACGGAGACGACGCGAGCCGCUGUUCCGAAAUUACCUCGGAUGGUCCCCGCCGUGGGGGCGCGUGGCGCAGGUGUCGGCGCGCCGCGUCGCGAGUUGCGUGGGUGCCUGUGAUCGCCGUGCUCGUGCCGAUCGUCGUGGGGUAUUUCGCAUGCGUCUUCGUGAAGCGGACGGCGCGGACCGCGCGACGUGUGGCUGUAAGGGGAGGGAGGAGGCUGGCGAGGAGGGUUGGGGAGACGACGAUGGGGAGGGUGGGAGGGAGGGUUGUGUCGAGAAUUGGAGAGAGAUUGGGGUGGAGGAGGGGGGGUGAGAUGGGGGACGGAGGAGGAGGGAUUGACAUUGAGGCGAUUCUGAGGGGGGCGGGAUACGCGGAUUGGGAUGGGGAUGAGUUUGUGGAGCAGUAUGGGCGCAUGUGGGAUGAUGCUACUGAUGAUGGCGUGGUGGGUGAUGGUGACGGUGCCGGUGACGGUGAUGGUGAUGGUGAUGGUAAUGGUGAUGGUGAUGGUGAUGGUGAUGGUGAUGGUGGUGGUGAUGGUGAUGGUGAUGUUGGUGGUGAUGGUGAUGUGGAUGAUGUUGGUGGUGAUGGCGAUGGUGAUUCUAAUCAUGCGGUUGUUGGUGUUCCUGACGAGGAAGCUGAUGAUGCCGGCGCUCAGGAUGCUGACGCUGCUGAUGGUGCUGAUGGUGCUGAUGGUGCUGAUGGUGCUGAUGGUGCGGCUGAUGCUGCUGAUGCUGGUCUUGAAGGUGAUGGUGAUGCUGCAGAGCGAGACACACAUGUAUGGAUGGUCAUGGGCGGAGAUUUAGCAGCAGCAGAGGAGGGAACAACAGCGGAAGAGAGAGAAGCACGUAUGGUAGCCAUAGCGUCGCGCGUGGGGGGCAAGAAGAUCGCGUGGGGGCUUGUGGGCCACGUGGACGAGACGUGCCUUCUUUCGCCCUACCUCCUCGCAUAUCUCUUCCCCCCCGCGCUGCUCUCCGUCUCUCUCGAGGAGGAGGGAGAGGGGAAGGGGGAAGGGGAGGAGGGAGAGGGGGAGGCAGGGGCGUCGUUUGCUGUGAUGGAGCCAUCGUUGAACAUGUGGAACAUCUCCGUCUGCCGAGGCUUCAUCGAUUCGUUCCCACUCACCAAGCUGUAUCGACAGCUGGCGGCUCGUUCUGCUGCUGUUGACAACCAUGGGAAAUGCCCCUUCUGCUGCUGCAAGGUUUGGAACGCAUUGGACAUGCUUGCAGACACGGACGCCCUAAGCUUUGCCGUAUGCGAAAAUGUGAGUGGCUAA